CUCCCAGUCAGUCAGCAGUUUCCGGUACGUGGACAGCGAGUCUUUUUCCGGUGAGAGUCCAAACACGCAGACAUGCCUCUCGCAAAGGAUCUUUUGCACCCAACCCCCGAGCAGGAAAAGAGACGACACAAGAAAAAGCGUCUUGUUCAGAGUCCCAACUCCUAUUUUAUGGAUGUCAAAUGUCCAGGGUGCUACAAGAUCACCACAGUCUUCAGUCAUGCUCAGACUGUAGUUCUGUGUGUCGGCUGCUCCACGGUCCUGUGCCAGCCGACAGGAGGGAAAGCUCGCCUGACAGAAGGAUGCUCAUUCAGGAGGAAACAGCACUAACCUGAUCAGAUGGGGUUCGACAUCCUUGAGAAGAGAAGGUGUGGUCAGAGAUGAGGCCCAGCACUAGAUGCAAAGUUCCUCUGGAAACAAGGGGGCCAGCUCUAGAAAAGGAAGCAAACUGUGGCUACGUCUCAAGAAAGUUGACUUGACUGCAGAGUUUUCUUGUGUAAAAAGGGCACUCUGCAUGAAUAAUUAUUAAUACAUUUCUUGUGUCUUAUGUUUUAAUGCCACAGUGAUGUCAGCACUAUAAAGUAGGCGAUGAUGUCAGUGGCAUCAGUGCAGGGUUCCCUCAGUCUGAAUGAGGGUCUAUUCAGGGAAGGACACUGUUUGCUCUGCUUUAAAAAAACAAACAAAAGGAAGUUAAUUAAAUUUCAAUGAACAGUGUGGUUGUGCAUUUAUGUGUGCUUGCGAGCUUUCUGUGCAAAUGAUCAUGUGGGAUGAAUUCUUGUCAGGUUGUGAAAAAUCAGUUGCUCUGAAAGGGCUGACACUGCAGGAGCAGGUUGUGGCCGCAGGUUACUCUCACCUGUGGUUUACGCUUGCGCGCACGUAGGCCCUGUGCACAGCCUCUGUGACAGCAGUGAUUUGUACACUGAAUAAAUAUGAAAAUUAAAUCAGGAGACGGAGGGAUUUGAUAACUUUGUUGUUGCUAUGGUUACAUUUUUAUUGUCUUGCUUGUAUUGGACACUAACAAAUAAAAUUA